AUGGAACUACCGAGGUACGUCGUGAUCAAAUCACCCGAAAACCAGAAAUAUCUCCGGUACAUCUACGAAGAUAUUCAGGUGCAUGGUCUUCUCCAGUUCUCCGGAGAAGAAGUCGUGAGUCCUUACGUCAAGUUCGAGGUUGAACCGGCAAAGAUCGGGAAAGGACUAGUCCAUAUAAGGUGCUGUUACAAUAACAAAUACUGGGUAAGAUGGACUGACAAAAACUACUGGAUUGUUUCUGCAGCGGAUCAUCCGGAAGAAGACGACUCGAAAUGGAACUGUACUUUGUUCAAACCCAUCGUCGUUGAUGGUGAUCUUCAGAACGUGAGACUCUUACACGUUCAACUCAAUCAAUACUGUGGUUUAUGGUGGACCAACACACACCAUAACAAAUGCUUGUUCGCCGGAGCGAAAACACCAGACCAAUACCCUGUAACAAAAAUUGCAGUUCUCGACUGGGAAUCAUUUCUGAUAUUUCCUAAACAUGUUGCCUUCAAAGGUGACAAUGGUUUGUUUCUCAGUGCUCGAUGGAUCAAUGGACUCCCUCAUCAUGAAUUCGCCAUAGACGAUGUGGGACAUCCCUCGGUGGGAUACGAGAUUUUCACAACUCAUGAUGGGUCCAUCCGGGUCAAGUCUGAUUACUUUGGUAAAUUCUUGGCUCGUCGUAGAUACGACUGGUUAUUAGCUGAUGUAAAUGAAGAUGAUAAAACUCCCGACAGCCUUUUCUGGCCUGUCAAAGUUGAUACCAACAUCGUCGCGCUUAAAAACUUGGGUAAUAAUUUUUUCUGCAAGCGACUCACGGCUGAAGGCAAGACGAAUUGUCUAAACGCCGCCGUUCCGACGAUUGCUAGAGAGGCACGACUGGAGGUUGUUGAACUGGUGGUUUCCCGGCAGAUCUAUAACGUAAACUUCCGUCUCCUCGAUGCUCGGAUCUAUAACGAGAAACCUAUUAGCAUGACGAAGGGAUAUGCAGUGAACAGUUCAAGUCAAUCCAAUGAAGCUGAAGUGAAGUUGACUUACACAGAGACCACGAGCAGUACAUGGAACGCCAGCGUUUCGCUGAAACUUGGUGUUCAUACCACCAUCAAAACUGGAAUACCAUUUAUAGCGGAAGGUCAGAUUGAUAUCUCGGCGGAUUUGGAAGGAUCAUACGAGUGGGGGAAAACCAGAGAAGAAUCGAAAGUGAUCGAGACUGUUUACAAGGUCACCGUGCCCCCGAAUACUAAAAUGACGAUCACCUUGCUGGCGACGAAAGGUUCCUGCGACGUCCCAUUUUCGUAUUCUCAGCGGGACACUCUGACGAACGGAAUGCAAGUCACCCGCUACCUGCACGACGGGAUUUACACAGGUAUCAAUUGCUUCAAUUUCAAGUACGAGACUAAAGAAGAGAAGCUGUGA